AUGUUCGGAGCUCAGUCCACCCUUGCUUUCGGCACCCCAUCCUCCACCCCGCCUUCGGCACUCUAUCCGCGCCUUCAUUCGCCACCGGCUUCGCCACAACAAAGCUCCGGUGGUUUUGGAUUUUCGACUUCAUUCGGUGCCGUGCAAGCACAAUCUUCCCCGUUCGGUCAGUCAACGUUGACACCGGGGUUGCCGUUCGGAAAGGCUCAGUUGACCGCUCAGAUGGCUCACGUGAAUCCUCUUCCUUUCUCUCUCGCCGAUCGGGACAUUCAAGCGAUUGUUGAUGCUUACAAGCAAUGGUUGUUCAGUGUGACAGAACCCCAAUAUAGAACUAAGUCAGCUGGUGUAUCAGAUUUCACAUUUCCAGAUGGGGAAGCUGGGAGGAAUGGAAAGUUCAAACCGGGAACGCACUUGAUCAGGGUUUCAAAGAUCUUCCCCAACGUCUUAAGCCAAAAGACUACACCCAUUAACAGAUCAUCGAACACUCUAUUGUCAAUCUCAUACCCACUGGAAGUUGAUGGAUUGAAGCGCAAAAGAGGGGGAGAGAGAGGGGGGAACUCACUGGACUGGAGGCACUGGAUUCGAUUACCUGCUGUUGCUGGAGUGUCACUGGUCACUGUUUGGACUCUGGAUCGCUGGUGUCUGGUCUGGUCACUGGUUGCUGCUGCUUGCUGGUGCUGGAGUGGAGGCUGGACUGGAGAAUGGAUCGUUGCUGUGCUGGUCUGCUCGCUGGUCAGUCGUUAGUGGUGGAGGUUGUGCUCACUGCUUAGUUGAUUGUGUCGUCUGGCCUGGAACAAUUUAGGGCAAAACAAAAGGGGAAAAAACACAAAAUGCUCAAAUGAUGGAAAUGUUCAACAG